CUGGACAAAUCCAGGCCUAAGCCUGCCUUUGGAGGGAUAGCUCAGCCCCCUUUUCCCUUCCCCCACACAGUGUGUAUUAUGUGGCAUGAUUUAAUUGUUUUGGCUGCAUACUAUUUUUCCCACAGGACUAGUGCCUCAUUUAGUGUAAACCCAGGACAGCAUCUGGGAAUGAAGCUGGUCUCUGCAUUUUCUGGACUAAGUGUGUCACUAGGAGCCCUGUUUAUCACCACCUAACCCAUCACUGUGCUGAAUUUGGAGCUGACAGCUUCUUCAUGAGGUUUCCUGGGGUGGCUUCCCUGCAGCCUCUGACUAUUUUUCACCACAGUCUGCCUAAAGGAAUGACAGCCACGGGCGCUCAUUUUCGUGAAGAAAACCACGGCUGUCGGUGUGUGUGUGUGUAAAUAAGAAGAGGCCUCUGUUAUAUGCAGCGAUGAAAGGAAAGUUUGCAUGUCUGGAAGUCUCUACUUUUCCUAUUUCCCCUCGCCGGCCCGCGCUGCCGGAGCCGCUGUCCGCUGGCAGCCGCGCUCCCGGCAGAUUUCCUGGAAAGCGGGGCAGGAGAGGGGCGGGCAGCGGCGGGUCCCGCGGAAUCCUGGCUUUCCCCGAGCCCUCUCCUCCGGCUGCUCUGGCUCCUUCCCGGCCGGGCGGCGAGCAGAACGCCCGUCCCCCGCGGGGCCGCCAGGGGAACAUCUGGAGCGGCCGCGCCAACAUCUGGAGGCGGCGCAUCCCCCGCAGGGUCCUGCCUUGCCCGGAGCUGAGACCCUGAGGAGGGGAAGGAAGCGGAGAGGGGCUGCGAGGGAGGGCACGGCGCAGGUAUUGCCUAGCAGAAAACCAUGGGCAAUUUCAAAGGGCAUGCCCUCCCUGGAAGCUUUUUUCUUCUUUUUGGCCUGUGGUGGUCAGUGAAAUACCCACUGAAGUAUGCCUGCAGAAAAAACAAGAAUGCUUGCUACCUUGGCUCCAGGGCAGGGUUCCAGCGCCUGGAGUUUGUUGAGGGCAUCAUCAAAGCUGUCUUUGCCCUCAUUGGGAUGGUGGCUGAGCAGUUUGUUCCUGAUGGGCCUCAUCUGAAGCUGUACAACUACGAGAAGAAGCACUGGGAUCACCUGAUGAACUGGCAGCAUGCCACCAUGUACCUCUUCUAUGGCAUCUCAGGGCUGGUGGACAUCGUGGCACACGGGACCAACAUGCUGCCAGUGGCCAUGGACAGGAUGAUGCUUUCCUUAGCAGUCUUUAUUGAAGGUUUUCUCUUCUGCUACCAUCUUCAUGGGAGAGCCAUGCUGGAUGUCCAUGUUCAUCAGUUACUGCUAUUUGCUGUCUUUGGAGCUGCUGCCUGCAUAUUUUUGGAAGUUUUUUUCCGUGGCAGUAUUGUGCUAGAGAUGCUCCGUACAAGCCUCUGCAUAUUACAGGGCAGCUGGUUCUGGCAAAUUGGCUUUGUGCUUUAUCCUCCAAAUGGGAGCCCAGAGUGGAAUCAGACAGAUCACACUAACAUGAUGUUCCUGACCAUGUGCUAUUGCUGGCAUUAUGCCUUUGCUUUUCUUAUACUAGCAGUGAAUUACACAAUUGUCAGCUGGGCUGUCCGCUCAAAGGUUAAGCAGUCCCAGCCCAUGGAAAUGGGUUUACUGAAAACAUCUGAACGAGAUCAUGAGUCAGAAGAAGAAAUUUAGCAUGAGAAUGGCUUGACCAGUUUGCCCACUCCAACCAUUAGGCUAAUGAUACCUCAUUUCUACAUUUUUUUUGCCAUGUUAUUAAUUUUUUACUAUGACUUGCUUUGCAAAUAUCAAUCCCCUAUGAUGUCUACAUCUACACAGUUAUUUUAUUUUUUGUGAAGGGUAAGUCUGAUGUUCUGAUGUUGAUCCAUGGUGAUUGCACUAGUACCUUGUUUAUCACAUGCCUCACUGAAAAUCAGACUAGUAUUGGACAGACUUGGCAUGGAUGAGGUGGAACAAUGAAGUCUGUAUGUUUGCCUUAUUAAAAGCUAAGAAAAAUGUUUUUCAGCCACUGCUGGACAUAAAGUUUCCAUAAUUAGAGUGUCUAAAUGUGUGUGUUGGUUGCCCUGCAAGUGGCUGUGGAUAAAUAACUGUGCAGACCUGGAAAACAGUAAAACAAGAUAAAGAACCCACAGUCUUGCAGCUGUCCUGUGUAAAAACUUUGUGUCCCUGGCUUUAUGUCAAACAGAAAGAGCUCACUGUGAACCCACUGGGUGGUUCACUGAAGAGUGUGUAGAGUGUUCAUCCCCAGAGACACCACCAAGCCUGGCAGGAGGACCAAAGAUGUGCAUGGUGAUCAAAACCAGUGCAGUUGUUCAUGCUUGUGCCUAGACAGUCCUGUCUCUUUGAUAUCCUUUGACUUUGCAAGGCAGUGGAAGUGACUCUGCCUCCCUUUGCUGCCUGGAACAAUUUUUUUUUUUUUUUUUCCAGAAAGGCUGAGGAGUGUCCAGUCAGGCAGCACUUAACUGCAAAACCAGUUUCUUUCCCAAAGUUAUUUCCUUUCCUUUGGUGGAAUUUGGUGGUUUUCUGCAGGGUUCAGAGCAGACACAUGACCCACCACCUGAGUUCAGGAGUGGGUAAUUCUGCUCUGUGGGCAGGAUGAGAAGGUUUUGCAUCCCUCUCCCUGUAUCACCCCUUCAGUCAUCAGGCUGCACAGUGAGCUGUGGGAGGGCAGGUGUUGCCUUCUUAGUAGCUCCAUACCCAGCUACCAACACCUGUGAAGGAAUUAAAAAAUAACACCAAUUUUAACUGCAUUUAUUUUCUCCACGCAAACAGAUCCAGUGAAAAGCACAUGGCCAAUGGCAGCAAACUGAUUGCUUAAAAAAAAUAGCUAAUAAAACAGUUUGUACCUCAAAGGGAUCCCAAGACCCAAAAAAUCCUUACAGGCUUUUUCUAAAACUACUUUACCUUCAAUGCAACAUAAAUAUUUGCUUCACUUUUAAGAUCUACCUUUUAUCUCCCCUUUUUCAAGGAGCACCUUUCUUAGCUGCACAUGCUGUUAAUGCUGUAUUUUAGUCUGUCAGUUUUGUCAGUGCCUUUCCAAAAUCAGUGGUAUUGUUUAUUCUGAAGGAGAUCAUCAGAAACUUCUUUGCUUCUCACAAGCAGGAACAAUGCAAAUUUCUUCAUUGCUGCUUUUCUUGAUAAAUACAUUUAAUACCAUGAAAACAUUAAGGUGCUGUAUCUCUAAACUAAAGGGAUGUCUAAGCAGGAUGAAAAGCACAAUAAACUGCCUGAGCUUUCCUAUGUCUUCUUAGAAGACUUCAGUUGUUAAUUUUAAAAUUUAUUUUAGAUGUUUGCCAAGUAUUGUGAAGUAGCACCUGUAACCAGGUGUCAGAUUAUCCAGAUGAAUCUUCCUUGGAAAGCAAGAGUAGUUGGCUCACAUACAUUUCUACAUUUACAAAUGUCAAAGAGGAAAUUGCACAUUGCUAGCCAAAGAUCACUGCUUUUCCUAGCAAUUGUUGGCCCUUUUUCAAUGCCUUUCUCUGAAGGCUCUUGGAGAUUUUGGAAAACUUCAGUAAAGCCUGUCUUGGGACAUUCUUGUGAGAUAGGUAUUGCUGUGGUGUAUUUUUAGCUCUGUCUCUCAGUUUUACAGUGGUCUUACUACAAACUCUGAAAUAAUUGUAUUUACUCCACUCAGCAAAUCUAAGCCUUGAGUUUGAUUACUGUGGUUCCAUUAAAAUCAGAUUUUCUGUAGAAAGAAGAUCCGUGAUUUCCCUGAGGAGUUUGCCUGUUAAUUGCAGCAUUUUACCUUAAUUGUUGUCUCUAAAUUGUGGGGAUAUUUUAAAAGGGCAGAUUCUUUUUCCUGUUAGAAUGGUUGGGCUACAAAGCUUCUGUAGCGCUGGGCAGAGAAAAUGAUGGUUGUACAUGAAAGAGAACUUGGGGAUUAUCACAAAAGUCUGUCACAAUAAACCAAAAUCAGCUGGUGAGGCGAACCUCAUGGGUGAGCUGUGCACAGGGAAGGUGCUUAGGAAAAUCUCUUUUAGAAAAAUAUUCCCUGCUUUUACAGAAGCAAAAAGUGACAGUACUUGAAGUCACUGGCCAGAGAGUGGCUGCCUGACACUGUUCCUGCUGUGGGGAGGAGCCUGGGGACUCUGGCUCUGUCCUCAGCCACAUCCAGCAGUGGCUGUAGAGCUGGGUCUUUUCUUUGGAGAAAAUAUGAGCAGGAUUUGGCCUGCUGAGAGGUAUCACCUGCACCUCCCUCUGUGAAUCUUCUAUAAAUGAUCACAGAAUGAAUCAGCCCAACACACAUCUGCUGUUUUUGGUGCAACCAUGCCUAACAAAGACACCUCUAAAGAAGCCCAGACUGGAGGCUGAUGCAGUCUGUGACACAGAGCUGUAGGGCAGGCUUUGUGCAAUACUCUUUUCUCACAUCAGAAAAGGUGGCCUUGCAUUAUAAAGCUUGGAAAAAUGCAAGGAAAAACAGAUUCUGAAGUCUCAAAGAAAGAAUAGUCUUUUGAAUUUAAUUUUUAAUACUUACAGUACAUGCAAAGUGAGUGUCAUAGCAGGGGUUUGUGCCUGACAAAUUUAUGGUGCCACAAAGGAGAGAAACACUCUAUUUCAGAGUGGGGUUUUGCUGCAUGGAACACCUGACCCAUUCUCCUGUAUUCAAAAGAGAUGCCCAGGAACAGUAGGGCACCUAUUACAAUGAAAAAGGUACAGCCUUCAUCAUUUCAUAAGCAGCAGGUAUUGCCUGAGUUGAAUGAGGGGAAGGAGGUCUGACAAGUUUACAAACACCACUCAGAAAAAGGAAGCUGCUCUCAAGAAAAUUUAAAUUAUUUUUAAAUACUGGUGCCUUUGAGAAACUAUAUGGUAGUUUUUACUAGACAAAAUACACUUGUAACUUUAUUUAAAUAAAAUUGAUUUAUUCAUGUAAAA